GUUGACCGCCUUCCCACCAUCACAGACUUUGUCCGGGAUAAAUUUAAAUGCCUGUCUGUGUGGAACUACAGUUAUGAAUGUUUUUGUGGAUGGUGAAGAAAUCUAAGUCAUGAAUGAUAGGGAUGGAAAUGAGCCCGACUCCAAUGCGCCUUUGCUCCCUUCGAGCCCCCUGGUAAACCGCCACCCCCAUCAUGACAGCGGUAAUGGAUUGAGGUCUACACUGGACACGAAACACACAGGCGGCUGGUUCAUAUGGGCCCUGACUUUUUCUGCCGGUAUAAGCGGAUUGCUGUUUGGCUACGAUACAGGCGUCAUCUCGUCAACUCUAGUCUCGAUUGGCUCCGACCUCUCUGAUCGCCCUCUUACCACUUUAGACAAGAGCUUGGUAACGUCCUGCACAAGCUUAUUUGCCUUGAUUGCGAGCCCGCUAGCGGGAAUCUUGGCGGAUAAGUUCGGUCGCAGAAGGGUUAUUCUCGUUGCAGAUGUGCUUUUCACACUGGGCGCUUUGAUACAAGCUAUCACAAGCACAGUAUGGGGUAUGAUUGUGGGCAGAAGUAUUGUGGGCUUGGCCGUUGGCGGAGCAAGCCUGGUCACCCCCCUGUAUAUUUCGGAGCUCGCACCGUCUCUUGUUAGAGGCCGCCUUGUGACAAUCCUAAGCCUCUUUAUCACUGGUGGCCAAGUGAUUGCUUACAUAACUGGCUGGCUGUUUUCCCCUGUCACUGCAGGCUGGCGCUAUAUUGUCGGAAUUGGAAUGCUUCCGGCGGUCUUUCAAUCUGUUAUAGUUGUGGUUCUACCGGAAACCCCUCGAUGGUUGGUGCAGGCAGGUUUUGAGGAACAAGCUACACAUGUCCUUUCCAAGGUCUACGCAGAGCAUCCUGAGGGUGACUUGAUUGUUAAGAGGGUAAUGCGCGCGAUCCAGCAGGAAGCAGCUGAAGAGCGGGAAGAAUUAGACCAAGUCAACGCUUUUUCCGCAGGCAACGUGCAAUGGAUCAAGAACGUCACGCAGCGUGCUCGCAGUUUGGUUCUUGACGGUGGUAAUCGGCGGGCAUUGGUCAUCGCGGUUAUGCUGCAAGGAGUACAGCAGCUGUGUGGGUUUAACAGCCUCAUGUAUUUCUCGGCAACUAUAUUCUCUUUACUUUCUUUCUCAUCGCCAACUCUUACCUCUCUAUCGGUGGCAAUGACCAACUUCCUGUUUACAUUGCUCGCAUUCGCCCUUAUCGAUAAGAUUGGCCGACGUCGCAUUCUUCUCUGCUCGAUACCAGUCAUGGGUCUCUCGCUUCUUGCUUGCGCAUUGAUAUUUACUUCGAUGGGCUUGCCAAAAUCAUCGCCUGGCUCCAUGGUACGAGCAGAGGGAGACAAUGAUCUAGCUAAAGGCCCAUCCCCGCCUGUUUUGAUCCUUCUGUGCCUUACUGUUUACACAGCAUCGUACGCUUUCGGCUUAGGCAAUGUACCUUGGCAGCAAGCAGAGCUAUUUCCAUUGAAUGUGCGUUCUUUAGGAUCUGCUCUGGCCACCGCCACAAACUGGGGGUCGAACUUUAUUGUCGGUCUUACAUUUUUGCCAAUGAUGGAGUGGCUGUCUCCUGGGUGGACUUUCACGACCUAUGCGGCCGUAUGUGUGGGCGGCUGGUUUGGUGUAUGGACCAUCUAUCCCGAGAUGAGUGGACUCAGCCUGGAAGAGGUGAAAGGGCUAUUGGCUGAUGGCUGGGGAGUUCAGGAAAGUUUGAGGCGAGGCCGUCGCGAUUUGAUUCAACACAUCACUUAUCUGCUUCCAGACGACGCAGAUAUUGCACAUUUCUCCCAGUGCAGCUCGUCGCUGGCAGCCCAAAUACUCACAGAUCCGUCCUCCAUUUGGCGAAGAUGCUUCAGAGAUCUUUAUGACUCAAUGCCAUAUCGUACUUCCGCCGAGCUCAAAACAGAAUACCAGAUCCGCUCCAUUGUCCUCUCACAAAACAUCAGUUUUAAACACGGCCAGAAAGAGGAACAGACGCUCUGGCUGAUGGUAAUUAGGGACAUGCUUUUAGAAUAUCAUGAGCUUGGUGGAUCGAACGAGCUGUUGACUUCCAAGAAUCUUGAGAGAGUCCGCCAUGUCCUUUCAGGAUCCGACUUUUUAAAUAGGCCAGUUAACGGUUAUGGCCAGAAGGACACAGACCGUCCUUCUGACCUCUUCUGUACCGUACAAUUAUGCCUGACCGAGCUAGCCCUAGAUCCUCUAAUGUCUGUUCGUUGCCUAAGAACGGAUUAUGAUAUUGGGGCUGUCUACUCCUACGGAACUGACGUUAUCAGACCCCUCGUCAGUCCAGAAAAGCUGGAUUUGGAGAGAAUCCUCCAUAUACGUAAUUUCUGGCUUCGUCAUCUCCUAAAUCCAGAUGAGGCGACAUUUUACCCAUCUUUCUCUAGUUUGCCUUCAUGUCAGAGGCUCAAUACACGGGGCAAACUUGUUGCCAAAGGCACGCAAACCAACUUCUCUUGGCUGGGAUACAACUCAUGUGUCCACCCAUACCCAAAGUUGUUAGGUAGUCUCGAGGACCGUCAAACAUGCGCAGACCUUGAUACCCAUUGGACAAAAGUUGAACCCAUGUUUCUUCAUCUUCAAUCGGAUCCUAAGCCUUUUAAUUGGCCACCGGUAUUCGAGACUACACUUCCCGCGAUGAGCCUCGAUUCUCAAAGAUCGUAUUUUCACGGUAUCCAAGAGUUCCCAGGUUCUCAGGAGGAGGCAAUAAAUUUUAUACGAGGAUUCUAUGAGCCAAUACCCAUUCCUCAGGGGGGUGUCCCUGGCUGGCGUCGUAUUUGUUUUGUGAUUUAUGAGCUAGAGCUUGAGCAGUUCACCCCUGGUGAUCAUGCAGAGACUGUACCGCACGAGAAUGACUGGCUUUUUGAGGAAGCAUGGCCACCUUCUGACCUGGAGGUAGACUUCCGUUGGAUUCAUGGUUACGAGGGCGUGAUUCUCCCAGGAAACAUAAUUAUGAUGGGCCGAUGGAUCGAUAUGGUGAAUACAGCGGAUAGGGGCCCUUUUCUCUUCUGGAAGCAGUGA